AUGGCUUCCACCACUAAUCACCUCUCCACCUCACUUCAAUUCACCAUCGCAAGAAGGUUCCUCCACUCCUCCCCGGCGCCGGCGGCGGAGCCGUACAACAGCACGACGGACAGCACGUUCGACGCGAAUGUGGUGAUGGUCCUCUCCGUCCUCCUCUGCGCCCUCAUCUGCUCCCUCGGCCUCAACUCCAUCAUCCGCUGCGCCUUGCGCUGCUCCAACAACCUGGUCGCCGUCGCCGCCGACGAUCAGUCCUCCGGCGCCGGCGCCGCCAAACACGCCAACACCGGGAUCAAGAAGAAGGCGCUGAAGACCUUCCCCACGGUCAGCUUCUCCGACCAGCUGAACCUGCCCGGGCUUGACGCCGAGUGCGUCAUCUGCCUGUCGGAGUUCGCCGCCGGCGACCGGGUCAAGAUCCUGCCCAAGUGCAACCACGGCUUCCACUCCAAGUGCAUCGACAAAUGGCUCGGUUCCCACUCUUCCUGCCCCACCUGCCGCCACUGCCUCAUCGAGACCUGCCAGAAAAUCGUCGGUUUCUCACCGCCGGCGCCGUUGCCGGCGGCGGCGGUGGCUCCGGUGACUGUGGUGGUUGUGGCCGAGGAGGUUGAUACCGGUUCCGCUUCUAGUCCUCCUCCUACUUCUACUUCUCUUCCGCAGCCAUCACCGGUUCCGGAAGCAGCAGCGACGGUGGCGCCGGCGGCGGGAGCAGUCGUUAUCAGCAUGCCGCCGUUGGAACCGGAAGGUUUGGUACGAGGUUACAGAGGAGAUAGCUAA